AUGGAAUCUGGUAAUCAAGGGGAAUAUGAUAAUGUUGAGAAGUUCGAUAUUAAGAUUAAAUCGAAACCAAAGGAUGGAGUGAUCUUACAACUGCAUCAUACAGUCCGUGGUUCUAAUGGAGAAAGCCAUCGGAUUCGUUUUUCCGUCGGCACCUUUGAGGAUGUUCAUGAGAAGCUUGCAUGUGCUGAUAACAUUGGAAAUAUAUUUGUACUAGACUUUUCGGACCUUAAAUUCUGGAAAUUAAAAAGUCAGGGGCCUUGUACUGCACUUCAGUUUUCACCUCAUAAUCUGGACACAUUAGUUGUUGCUGGUGCAAAAAAGUUUACAAUUAACUUCAUCGACUGUGAAUCUGGCACAACAACUGUCUCAUUACUGGGUCAUACAGCUCCUAUAAAACACAUCUCUUUUUCUAAUAAUAAGAUAAACAAUUUGCUCACAGCCAGUCCUGCAGAAGCCAUUUUAUGGGAACUAAGAAACUACACAAAAUAUUUUACAUUGAAUACUUAUGUAGAGGCUCAAAUUCAACAGAUUUUAUUCACCCCGGCCGGUGAUUACUUAGUAGCAUGCUUUCAGAAUGAUACAGUUCAAAUAUGGCGACAUGAAACCAUGAAAUCUGUGAAACAGAUAAUACCAAAUGAAUUGAAGCAUUUAAAGAAUAUAGCGUUUACUAUGAACGGCAGAGCAAUGGCAAUGGCCGGAUUGGCACCUAUAUUGAUACUAUUUAGUAUGGAUACAUGGAAAGCAAUAAAGUCUAUAGAUUUACUUAAGUAUGAUAUAGCUGGUGUGCAACAAAUGGCUUUUAUACCACAAAUGUUUGAUGGUGGAGCCAACAAAGUUCUAGCAAUCUUAAGUAGUGACUGUAAUCUUAUUUUCUUAGAUUUAGAAACAUUAAAGGUUGUGAAUACUAUACAACCAGAUUCAUCUAAUGUACGCAGAUUUGUAGUGAGUCCUACUGGAAAAUAUUUUCUAUGUGUUCUUCAGUUGGGGGAGAUUAAUAUUUAUAAUACUUCUUAUGUACUGGAAUCUAAGCAGUCUCCAACCGAGAAACCUAUACAUGAAGAAUUUGCAUGCACUUCAAUUAAGAAGUCUAAUAAAGAGCAUUCCCCAACCAGAGUAGAAGUUGAAGCAAAGAUGAGGACAUGUAUGGACAGUGCUAGAUUGAGAAGAAUACUAAUGCAAUAUGGUGAAUAUCCAGAUAAGUUCAGAUCUAUAAUAUGGCGGUCUCUAUUAGCUACACCAAGAAAUAGAACAGCAUAUUCUGUUUUAGUUGAUAAGGGCAUACAUUCAUCAUAUAAGGACAUUGAAAGUCAAUUCACUAUUCACAGUUCCCUUACAUUAAAGAAUCUCAAAAGACUUUUGUCAUGUCUGGCUCACUGGUGCCCAUUAUUUGGAGUUAUGAAAUUUCUACCAAGUUUUGUCUUUCCAUUUGUUAAAAUAUUGCAGAAAGAUCCACUUUUACUGUUUGAGAUUGUCGCAACGGUUUUAUUAAAUCAAUGUCAGCUUUGGUUUGAAUAUGCCCCUUUUCCGCCAGUUAGCAUCUUGGCGAUGGUUGAAAACAUAUUAGCUGAACACGACCGACAACUCCUUAAUCAUUUCUGCGAGUUGGGUGUUACAAGUCAGACAUAUGCUUUGAAAAUUCUUGAAACAGCGUUUAGCGAAGUAUUGACUUGUUCUGAAUGGCUAAUCCUCUGGGAUCACAUUCUGAGUAACGAACCAGCUUAUAUUUUAAUGGCCGUUGUUUCUUACAACAUUGUACAGAAAAAUGCUAUACGCAGACUUAAAACACACGAACAACUUGAAAACUUUUUUCACAUGCAAAAUCCAAUAGACAAAAAAACGUUCCUUAAAAAAGCUUACGUCUUAUUAACAGAAACUCCAGAUGACAUACAUCCUAGAAGAUUUUUUAAUUCUUUUACGCCGCUGGAAAAAGGCUCCUGCUAUCAGUUAUUUAGUGGCUAUCCAAAAGCUACAAUUUGUCUUAAAUUAGCAAAAAGAGAAAGGAAAAAGCAAAAGUCAGGGCCGUAUACUUUGAAAGAAUUGACUUCUAAGAGCCAGGAAAAAGAAAUAAACUCUAGACUUAAAACAACGAAAAGUUCAGAUUCAGAAUCAAAUAACUCUGAUGGGAUACAAGACAAGAACUUUAUUGAAAGUAGCAGUAAAAAGACUAAGAAAAGAAGCAACCGUGUCUGUAAUAACAAAGAUCGGAAGACUAAGGAUGAUUUAAUACAGAGUAUUAUGUACCCUGCUACAAUUCAGUUGCAGAAGAAACGAGACAAUGCCGGUGGCAGGAAAGAUAAGUGUAGCAAAAAGGAAAAAGAGGCGAGUAAGAGAUCGACUUUACCACCUAAAGUGGACUCUGAGAAAAGAAAUAGCUUUUUAGAGCAGGAAGUAGAAAAAUUGAUGCAGAGUUGCAGCUCAUACGAGGAUUCGAACGAUUGA